CCCUCUCUGAUCACCACCUGCAUUACAAUCCCCUAGGCUCAUCAUCACAUUGCACAUUUGUCCUGAUGGAGAACUCUUACAUGCCUUUUCUCCCCACCACCUCCACAGCCACCAAUACCAUCCUGAGGCAACCAAACAUGGGUUGUUCUCAGAAUUCAGAGUUUUCAAUCUAUGAACCAAUGAAUUCCAAAAUCUUCAGUUCCAAACCCAUAACAACAGCACCAAACUCUCAAUUUCAUCAUCCAACACAGUUUAUGGCACCUUACCAAAGCCUGCAACUCCCAUACAGACAUCCCAUAGAGCAGACUGAUCAUUCUUUAGCGUAUCCUUUCUUUCUGGGGCAGAAUGGAAUUGAAUUUGGUUCGAUUAUCGCUAGUAAUGGGGCGCAACAUGGAUCAUGUUUCAUGCAAACAGACGGGAUUUCGAUGGCAGAAGAGAGAAGGAUGCUGGAUCCUUACGGAUCAAAGGCUGCAAGGAUUAAGAGAAAGCUGGCACGCCAAAGAAGCCUUAGUUUGCAAAGAAAUGCUUCUUCAGGGGCUACAGCUCAGGUGGAUAAAAGGAGACUGAACAGCUCUGGUGCUGACAAUGAUGUGAAUAUCAACAACGAUACCAAAAGGGAUCUAUACAUGUUCUGCACACCAGAUAACAAGAGACUGAGAGUGUUGCUGAGGAAAGAGCUAAAGAACAGUGAUGUCGGGUCCCUUGGGAGAAUUGUCCUUCCAAAGAGAGAGGCGGAGCUAAAUCUUCCAACUCUUUGUGAUAAAGAAGGCAUCCAAGUAGUGCUAAAAGACGUAUACUCUCACCAAUCAUGGACCCUCAAAUAUAAGUUCUGGUCUAAUAAUAAGAGUAGAAUGUAUGUGCUUGAAAACACAGUGGAUUUUGUAAAGCAAAAUGGACUGGGAAUUGGAGAUUUCCUUAUCCUUUACGAAGAUGAAGGCAAAAAUCUCUAUUUCUCCGUAAUAAAGGUGGAAAGGGUUGCUGCUGCAGAGCCUUCAAACAAUCAACCCUAUGAUUCUCAAAACAUCUAUACGGGCAUGCCAUUUACAGGCCCACUUAGAGAUGAGGAAGAAACAUGUUUAGAGUUACUUAUAGAACAACUUAAACACACGGAACAUGAAGAAUCUAACGACCUUAUGACUUUGGCCAUGGAUGCUACUUAUUCGCAUGGCCCGCCUGCUGCCGAUGAAUCCCAACAUUUUGUAUCCGAUGCCAACGUAGAAAUAACUGCAACCGAACUGCAAACCUCGUCGACAUUGUUGCGUGGUAAAGCGAGGAGUGUAGAUGAAAUUCAGAUCAACUUUGAUGACUGCUAUAGCGGUCUUGACAUGCUACCUGAUGUCAACCUUUACAAUUUUUUACUUUGACCAUGUCUGCAUCAAAAGAAUUGUAACUUAUUCAAGUCAAGUAGUAAUUUGUUCUUUGCUUUGCUUCUAUAGGUUCUUGGGGUAUAGGGGGGAUUUCAAAUUAUUUUAAAGAAACAAGGCAUUA